GCAGUAGCCGGUAUGUCAGGUGUUUGCUGCAUGUGUGGGUGUGUUUAUUGUAGAGAUUUAUUUCUGUAGGUGUAAGUAAAUGGGUGGGGUUAACCAUGCUGGUCACAGAACAGGUGGAGUGGAAUGUUUAUAUGUGCAUCUGUACCUGGCUGUGCUUGUAUGUAUUCAUCUCUGACUCGGGCAGUCAGGGCCGUUCAUCUGGGGAACAUGUUCAGCAUAAUUAAACUACCACGCGUCUUCACUGUCCACCAGGUGCCCAAGGCGUUCCACGAGGACAGUAUUAUAUCUGGUUAUCGACACCCUCGCAGUUCGGCCACAGAUUGUGUGCUCAGUCUCUUUCAGCUCACCAACGAAACCCUCAAUGUCUGGACACAUUUUCUACCAACGUGGUAUUUUCUAUGGAAGCUGAUGACUGUUUUGUUGACGGAGAAUGUGUGGUAUGAAGAGUACACAUGGCCUCUUCUGGUCUAUCUGUUCUCCUGUUGUGUGUACCCAUUGGCCUCCAGCUGUGCCCAUACCUUCAGUACCAUGUCUACUCGUGCCCGACAUAUCUGCUACUUCUUUGACUACGGGGCUCUAUCUCUGUACAGUCUUGGUUCAGCGAUCAGCUAUUCUGCAUAUGUUAUACCUGAUGCAUGGGUCAAUAGCACCUUUCACACAUGUUACAUCCCCAUUGCUGUAUUUAACUCCAUACUCUCAACCAGCUUGGCCUGCUACUCAAGAUUCUCUGAGAGAGAGAGCUUGAAUUGGAGUAAGGUGUUUCGGGUUCUAGCUUUCACCUACCCCUACCUGUUUGACAACAUACCUCUCUUCUAUAGGUUAGUUCUGUGUGUAGGCGAGGGCUGCACUGAUAAUGAGGCAAACUCUUUUCAUGUUCAACAUACACUAUUGGCAUUUCUUACUGGCUUCCUGUUUGCAACGCAUCUACCUGAGAGACUGGCACCUGGACGCUUUGAUUAUAUAGGACACAGUCACCAGCUGUUCCACGUGUGUGGAGUCAUUGGGACACACUUCCAAAUGAAGGCUAUAGAAACUGACAUGGUGCUACGACGGUCACAGCUGCUGAUCAGUGCCCCAGACAUCACCAUAAGCAACACAGUUGGAGCUGCUCUGGUUUGUGUCUGCAUCAGUCUCGGGAUCAUCUACUAUUUUAGUCUACCUCUGCUCCAUAGAUCCACACCCCAUAAAGACAUGAAAAGAAAUGCACUGAAUGAAUGAAAAACCUAAGAACAUUAAUUGAAGUAUUCCAAUUACCAAAGUUAUUAUUAAAAUGUAUUUAGGACAAUUUUAGAGGAUAAUAAAGCAAUAAGCCCCAAGAAGCAGUGGGUAGUGCAUUUUAUAACAGCUAAGGGUGUUGUGGCACGACAUGAAGCAGAGUGCCUUAAACCCCCUUAGCUGUUAUAAAAUGCACUGUAACCAACAGCUUGAGACUGUGACCAAAGACUGAGUGAAUGCAUUUACUACUCAGGUGAGAUCAAGUUUUAGCACUGACUGGUAGUCUCAGAUCAAGUCAUUGGGGAGGGAGGUGUUCAUCACUAUACCAUAUUUUUAUGAUGUAUUCUUAAAUACAGAGUCAAUCAAUAUUAGCCUACAACAUUAAACCACUGAGUAAUGUUUUAUAGUAAACAUUUCCUCUUUGUUAAAACAACAGAAGAAGUGUGUGGUAGUUGAUAUAUUCCACACAAUCUGUUCACACUUAUUGGAUAUAUGUAAUAUGAACCAAAACUAUUUAUUAUGUCCAGGAUUCUUUAUAAUAAAG